AUGCAGUUCUUGGUUUUAAUUGUAACACUCUUCGCCGUAUCUUCGGCUCAAUCUUUAGGAGCAAACGUUGCGGUGUCUCAAGACACACUCGGCAAUUACAAUUUAAGAUACGACAUACCCGGAAUUUCCAGAGUGGAGCACAGAGACAUUUAUGGAAACGUCGCGGGAGCUUUCUCUUACGUUGAUCCCUACGGUAUUGUCAGAUCUAGACAGUUCACGUCAGGUGUUGAUGGAUUCAACGUAUUCGGUAACGAUAUUCCAGUUCCCGUUCAAGAUACUCCAGAGGUUGCACAGGCUAAAGCAGAACAUUUAGCUAAACUUCAUUAUGCCUAUCUGACUAUGCCUCCAGAGCCCAUUAUUUUUUAG